AUGAAAGUAGCCGUUCUUGGUGCUGGGAUAAACGGAUUGGGUUGUGCUGUUAGAAUAAAAGAAAAAUAUCCCAAUUACGAUGUAGUGAUAAUAUCAGACAAAUUCACUCCUGAUACUACAGGCGAUGGUUCAGGUGGAUUAUGGAAGCCCUACUGUAGUGGAAAAACACCACAAAGUCUCAUAACCAAAUGGGGCAUGGAAUCAUACCGAUUGUACCAUAAGCUUUGGCUGGAAGGUGGCUAUGACGUUACAUUGGUACCGCUAUACGAUCUCUAUAGAGAGAAAAAACCUUUGCCAGAAAGACCUUGGUCUAAUCAAGUUUUCGGCUUUAAAAACUUGGAUGAAAAACAUUUGGAAUAUUUAAACCGACUGCACCAUAGUGAUUUCGUUUCAGGUAUAACAUUCACAUCAUUCAUAGUGAGACCAAGCACAAUGCUGGCUCAUUUGACGCAGCGAUUCAAAACCGAUGGAGGAAAGAUAUUGACGAGGUCUAUCAAGUCAUUGGAUGAUGAUGAAUUGAUGAAGUAUGACGUCAUCAUUAACUGUUUGGGACUCGGAGCGAGAGACGUCGUACCUGAUGAUAAAAUGUUCCCAGUGAGAGGACAGUUAAUGAGAGUAUAUGCACCUUGGCUAACAGCUACCAUUUAUGACGUACAAAAAGAUAUAUAUAUGAUAUCCACUACAGAUAUAUGCGUGAUGGGCGGAACACAACAAGUCAACGAUUACAACAGACAGAUCAAUGUGGAAGACAGAGAUAAAAUUUUCAAUGGCUGCACUAGAGUUGUACCCGCAAUCAAAAACGCCAAGUUGAUAUCAGAAUGGGUGGGUCUGAGACCGGGGAGGGAUGAAAUAAGACUUGAAUCGGAAAACAGAAAUGGAAAAUUUUAUAUUCACAACUAUGGACAUGGUGGAAGCGGCUUCACAUUAUUCUGGGGAUGCGCAUCCAAUGUAUUGAAAAUAUUCGAUGAACACGUCAACAGUAAACAAAAUAAAGAAAAAUCAAAACUUUAA